CCGGCGCAUCGCUAUUCCAAUCCCCUCUGUCCAUCGUCUUCCACAGUGAGGCCCGGUGUGUGAGGGUGGUUCGGAGAAGAUAUCAUUUCAAUGCGUCCUCGUUUUGAAAUCGGAAGAAUGAACUGAGGACAAGUGUGAGAGAGAUGAAGAUCUGUCUCUGGCACUACACGCGUUUUGGUUGAGCUGGUUGGUUGUGGCUUGUGUACGUCAGCACUGUGAGUCGAGGAGCAUCUGGUGGAGGGGUUUGCCCUGCUAGCGUCUUCCCCCGGAGGGAAUGCAUGGUGGUUAUAGCUGUCUUUGCGGGCAACUCUCGGUCUAGAUACAGCAAUAAUGACCGGCGUGUGAUGUGUGUCCUAUUUGGGGGGAAGAUGGUAGCGCUGGCUGCAGUGAGAAGAAGCUGAGGAGGUACUGCAUCCUGUAAACUUUAACUGCUGAAUGUUUCAGGUUGCCAUUCAUACGGGAAGACGGAAUAGUGAAUCGCCGGAUACUGCAGGCGGGAGCAGGCGCUGAGGAAGGAGAUAACAGGCCAAGCAAAUUUAACAGCAGCUCUGAGAAGUCAGGGAAAGCAGCAGCAAACUUGACAGACAAGUGAAUAAUGGAUAUUGUAGGUGGGGGAAAGGUGCCGAGGAAGGAGAUAACUGGCUAUGGUGUCGAGGAAGGAGAUAACUGGCUAUGGUGUCGAGGAAGUAGAUAAGUGGCUAUGGUGCCCAGGAAGGAGAUAAGUGGCUAUGGUGCCCAGGAAGGAGAUAAGUGGCUAUGGUGUCGAGAAAGGAGACAAGUAAGUGGCUAUGGUGUCGAGGAAGGAGAUAACUGGCUAUGGUGCCGAGGAAGUAGAUAACUGGGCUAAGCAAACUUAGCAGCAGCUGCAAAGAAUCAGGGAAAGCGGCUGGCACACUUGGCAGACUUUACUGCCGGCUGCUGAACGGUGCAGGUUGGAUUCAUGGGGAAGGCGCAGGUCAGAUGCAAGAGCUGGGACCAGGCAAAAAAAAAAAAAAAAAAAAAAAAAAAAAAAAAAAAAAAAAUCAUACGGGUUCGGAAAGGAUGACAUGGCAGUAUCGGAUGAAUUCGUGCAUCACAGUGCAUGUACGUGUGUGUAAUCGUGGCCAAGCAUUUAUGGAACACUUUUGUGCGCAAUUGGUCAAAAGACUCAACCUGCAAUCGGUCAAAAGACUCAACCUGCAAUCGGUCAAAAGACUCAACCUGCAAUUGGUCAAAAGACUCAACCUGCAAUCGGUCAAAAGACUCAACCUGCAAUUGGUCAAAAGACUCAACCUGCAAUUGGUUAAAAGUUAAAAAUCAACCUGCAAUUGGUUAAAACUCAACGAGCUCUGGGUUUUUUCGGGACGUCAGUCAAAAUUUGAGCGAUACAGAGAGGAUUAGAAUUGCCUCUGUAUUGCAAGGAGGAUAUACCCAUAAAUCGAGAAAUGAUCCAGUUAGCGAAAAAAAGAAAGAGAAGAAAAAGACAAGACAAGUAAGGUCUGGCUUACUCUCACUCAACUGUCAUGAGGGGCAGUUUCUUAAUAGUUGGCUCGACAAUUCAAGGCACGCUCAAAUCUCAGCUAUCGCACGCCGCAUGCAGAACAGUUUGGUUGACAUUUUGUAGCACUCGCCCACAGCGAUCACUUAGAGCUCGUGCGUUCGUCCAUCAGCAUGCAAUUUCCGCCAUGCAUUCUGUAGCAUCUGUACAGAGGUUUGAAGUAUGAACACUGCGCGUAAAUGGACAACAGAGUACUGGAGACGUGUACACUCGCCAUGAUCUCCCAAAGCGACCUGUCAGAAGUCAAACAAGGCAAUAUCAGUCUUCUAGGUAUCUGCAAAUUGUACAGUCUCUGACACUCUGUAAUAUGGCCCCAUCCUCUUCCUCCAAGUUAAAAGACUGGCGAAUGUAGGAAUAGAGUGGAUGCUUUUUCCUGACAUACCCCAAAAUUUUGUCUGUAUCAGGGACGCUGGACCCGUUUUCCAGCAGGUGGGGAGCCUCUCCUUAGGUGCUAGCGGUGUCUGCUCUUACCAGCACAUCUAGCACUGAAAGGGAGUUAAAAAAAAAAGGAAUAGAGUGGAUGGGAGAAGAGCGGAACGCUGACCUCGAAAGGCGCGCUGCUUCUGUGCCAUGGCCAGGUGAUGAGAUGUUGAGCUACUAAGCAAGUUACCAAGAACAGCUAUUCGUUCACGGACAGAAAGCCGUGUGACAUUGGAAUGGUCGAUGACUACCUCAAGUGCUAUCUGCUGUAAGGCUCUGGAAGCUGUAAAAAAAAAAAAAAAAAAAGGAAAAAGGCAUCGGAUUCUUCAAGCUGUGGAUUUCUGCGAUGGAGGCUCUAAAUCAUCUCUCAAGGGGAACCACCUGCAAUUCGGAUUGGAUAACAAUUCGGCAAUUUGGGACACUUCGGCAAUUUGGCUUCCCAAACUGGGGUCAAUGUGGGAGAAAUAGCUCAGUGGAAGAGCCAAGUGCGUCAGUUUGAAAUGCGGGCCAAGCUCCUGUUGUUUCAGCAAUCCCCCCAAGUACCUCCAGCUCCAGGUGACGAUCGGCACGCCGAUGAGAGUGCUGCUGCGAAUCGUCUACCAAGUGAGUCAAUAAGAGGCAUCAGCUCAUCGCCACCACACCAUGGGGACACAUACUAAGAAGUCAAUCAGUUGCCGACUUAUAAGGCGUGUUGACUUGUCAUCUUUGACUCAAGCACAGAGGGAGUGCCAGUAAACAGUGCGCACAUUGGUGGUAUAGAGGUUUACGACUUGGAAAGGCUGACGGCAAGUCUGCAACUGAGGAGCCGUGGCCCGUGGGGGAAGGUCGCAGGAGGGGGAGCAUUCUGUCUGAGUCCGCUCUCCUUAGUUGAGACAAGCUGUCUGUUACGCAUGUAUGUAUAUGUGGGUUUCUUGUCGCGCCAUGACGUACGUCUCACUGGAGCAAGGACGACGUGCUACGGUGUUAAUUGAGCGAGCAGGGAUUUUAGAAAUGCCAGGAUCGAGGACACAACAAACGAAUGAGAGAGGUCCUUCAGAAGAAGCCUAGGAGAGGGAAGAAGGAGGGGGAACACUCUGGCUCCCUGAGUUGAGACAAUGACAACUUGAAGGUGUUUGUUGCUUUUUCUUUCUUAUAAGGUUGUAAAGCGGUUGCAAUGUAUUUUUGGUGCAAAGCAUGGAGUCCAGCUGACUUGCCACUGCAUUUUUGCGGCGACAUCGACUCAGACAAAUCAAUCCCAUGUUGGGCUUUGCCUUUAACAGACGAUGAUUUCGAUGCCGGCUUUUAUGUCCGCCUUGUUGGCUUUGACAGUACUUUAAUGUGCAUUUUUAAUAUGCAUUUUGCGGCUGCUGCCGGGUUGGUUGUUCCCAUCUGUUUGUUAGGUAGACACAAGGGCUUACAAUUUGUUGUCAUCAUCAGAAUGGACUGGCAAGCGGGCGAGUGGGCGGGCAGACGGCAGGAAGCAAAAGGAAGGCAGGGAGGAAGCAGGGGAAGGGAACGGGUGGCAAGUACUCUGGCGUAAUAUGGGGAACCCCAGCUCCGACAUCAACAACUGGAGCAAAGCCAGGGUGAAGACCAGCUCAGAUUCAAGAAUUCAGCAUCCAUAGUGUGAAAAUUGAUCGGAACAGUGGAGGGACCGUAUCGAGUGCACAACAAGCGACAACAAAGGCAAGUGUCUGGAGUGCAGCGUCCGCUGGAAACAGAACCCGCGACCGACAGGCUGUAGACGGUUGUAGGCGACAAGUGUGAGCACGGCCAGACUGAGUGCAAGCUUCCUGUAUACACGUACUGCUUCCACUUAUUGCAACUCUUAAUGCACUCGUCGAUUCGUGGGCACUCUAACUGCCAAUGUUCACAACACCAUUUAAUGGAUGCUUAUGUGAUGAGGUCUCAGACUGCAUGUACGCGAUUCUACGGUGGUCAGGUCACUGAGCAGUAAGUGCACAGUGCAGUUACUUGCAGAGGUAUGAAGUUAAUCUACGCAACACUAACGGUGCGUGGUCUGGACUGUGGACUUACAGACAGUGCUUUGUAACUGGAAAUGCACUCACUUUCACGGUGGUUGGGCCUAUGUACUGGUCUGCAUUUACGGUGCUUGGUUACUGAGCGCAGAACAGGGAGUAGUACUGUUUAUUUAGGGGCAGAGGACAGAGUAUUCAUUUUCGUCAAGGGACCAGUCCAAUCUAUUCUAAGGAAAGAAUUCUUUGUUUCAUGAUGGACCAUUUGUACUGCCCAAAAGAAGUGUAUGGUCUACAUUUACGGUGGCGGCUGGCCCGGUGGGUAGUUGUUUACUUGGCACACACUCACUUUCACAGUCAUUCAAUUUGGGCCUAUCAGCUCAGUGCUGAAGUUUCAUUACAGUAACUGUGGUGACAUGCGGUCACUCGCUGUCCACGAUCAUUGGCCAUAUUUACUGGGGUCGUACUCCCACAGUCCAAGACAGAUGUGCAUAUAACUCAGUACUGUACUCUCUCUCUCUCUCUCUCUCUCUCUCUCUCUCUGAGUCUGACUCUGUGCACAACUCCUUGCACACACUGUGCCACACAGAGGAGCGCUUGCAAACCGCAAUCCAUUGCUGGGAAUACUUGCCGCAUGCACUGAGACAACGGCACACAGACUGCAUUUCUGCUGCCUCCCGUAAUAAUCUGGGCCGUGUCUGGCGAUUUAGAAGCAAAGGCUGAGAGGAGACAGGAAGAAUAAAAUUUCGAAAAAAGGCUUGGUUUGUCAGGUGCAUGCGUAUUGCAUUAUUACUUGGCUAUGAGUUACAGAUGUCUCCCCAUUGAGGUCAGCAAUAUCGUGCAUUCGUUUCUCAGAUUGGUCAGCGUUGGUCAGCAUUGGUCAGCUUGGUCAGCUUGGUCAGCUUGGUCAGCAUUGGUCAGCAUUAGUCAGCAUUAGUCAGCAUUGGUCAGCUUGGUCAGCGUUGGUCAGCAAAACGACUUAGCAUUGAUCAGCAUUGGUCAGCAAAAUGACUUAGCAUUGGUCAGCGUUGGUCAGCGUUGGUCAGCAUUGGUCAG